AUGGAGCGCUCUACAGGAUCGAAAUGGAUAAAAGUUGAUAAUCACGACCGUUCGUUAAGCCCCGUGAAUGGUGAUGAAAGUUCAAAGACGCAACAAGAUGACGAGCAGCUUCUAGGGAAUAAUGAAGAAGAUUCCUUGGGUCAAGCGACUCCAACUCCACUAUUACUUCGAUCACCCGUUGCUGCUUGGGCUGUCACUGGACUUGGAUUGUUAUUUCUACUCGUCGUCAUCCUCGUGGUACGCGGUGGCAUUAUGCAAAAUCAUCAACGCAUUCAAGUCGCUACUUUAAACAAAACUGAGUGGUUUGAAAUGCUUCCAGAAGAUAUCGUGGUCCACAUGAAUCUCGACGUCGAUCCAUGUGUAGAUUUCUACGAAUUUAGCUGUGGAUCAUGGCUGAAUCAAAUGAAGAUUCCGGAGGAUAAAUCAAGUUACUCACUCGCAUUUACCACAGUACAUGAUGAAAACCAAGAAAUUUUAAAGCAGCUUAUGUCACAUGGAUGGCCACUUGUUGGUGAAUUAUAUGAUUCUUGUAUGAAUUACAGCAACAUAAGCACCGCAGCAGCAGACGAGACCUCGUUUCAAAUUCUCAUGCCAAAUUUACAGCUGAUUGCAGCGACAAAAACGAAGAAACAGCUGUUUCAACUUGCUGGAAAUUUGUCGAUAACUGGACCAAGUUUCUUAACGGGUCUUAGUGUCUCGGCAGAUGCAAAAGAAGCGACAGUUUAUGCACUUUAUGCUUCACAAAUGGGUCUAACAUUACCCGAUCCAGAGUAUUAUCUCGACACGAAGAAAUUUGCAACAGUUGAGGAUGCAUUUCAUGGAUAUAUUACAAAACUCUUUCGUCUUGUGGGAGUAGAAGCCGAUGCUGCAGCUGCUCAAGCGAUUGCUGUCAUAACCUUUCAGCAACAACUUGCACCACUUUAUGUACCCAAAGAGAAGCUUCAGGAUCCUGUAGCAACGUAUAAUCGCAUGAGCAUUGCAAAGGCUGCUGACAUGUAUCCAUUUUUAUUUGCCGACUUUCUUAAUGGAACAGGUUUACUCACGAACUUUUUAGCGAAUCAUAUGGAUGUAAUUGUCGAAACACCUGCUUUCUUUGAACGUGCGGAAACAUUGGUUACAAAUGAAACAGUGACACUAGAGACAUUAAAGGCAUUGUUACAAUAUCAGUACAUUAGUUCACAUGCAAUGGCCCUCAGUGCAUCUUAUGUCAGUACCAAUUUUGAUUUUUUUUCCAAGACAUUACGUGGUCAAACGAAACUUCCCGAUCGAUGGAAACUUUGUCUUCAAUUUGUCACAAGUAGUUUUCCUGAACUUGUGGGCAAGUAUUAUACACUUUUACGUUUCGACAAUACAAGUGAAGAUCUUGCAAAAGAUCUGGUCACUCAAGUUCAAACGACAUUACAUGAAACUUUCGGACAACUUGACUGGUUAGAUGAACAUACUCGACAAGCUGCAAUGUUCAAACUUACCAAAAUGACAAAUCUCAUUGGCCAUUCAACACACAAGAAACAUUUUCCAUUUGAACUUCAUGCGAAUGCAUCACUUUUAACAAAUUUACAAAUUCUUAGCAAGUAUCAAUUUGAUGAAGCUGUUGCAAAACUUGGUACUAAAGUCGAUCGUACAAAAUGGUCAAUCACAAGUGCUACAGCGAAUGCAUUUUAUCAACCAACAUCAAAUCAAAUUGUUUUUCCAGCUGGUAUCUUACAAAUUCCAUUCUUUUCGCAACAUUAUCAUUUGGCACGAAAUUAUGGAGCUAUUGGAAGUAUCAUUGGACAUGAAUUAACACAUGGAUUUGAUGCACAAGGACGAUAUUUUGAUGGUGAUGGAAAUCUUUAUGAUUGGUGGAGUAAUGCGACAGCACGAGAAUUUCAAACACGUACAGAUUGUCUUGUAGCACAAUAUACAAAUUAUACAGUUUAUAGUGAAUUUGAAAAGGAGAAAUUCUUGGAUCAUGUGAAUGGAAAGUAUACGUUAAGUGAAAAUAUUGCUGAUAAUGGUGGUGUCAAGUUAGCAUUUGCAGCAUAUCAUCGUUUAAAUGAAAGUGAAAAGAAACUUAAAACGAAUGAUGAAAUGUCAAGGAUUGUAGCAGAUCGACUUUUUUUUCUUUCAUUUGCUCAAACAUUUUGUGAUAAAUCACGAGAUGCUAGUAUGAUGCAACGUUUAACAUCCGAUCCCCAUCCACCAGGACGAUAUCGUGUUAAUGGUGUUGUCAGUAAUUCAUACGACUUUGCUCAAGUUUAUUCGUGUUCGAAAGAUUCGCCAAUGAAUCCAACAACAAAGUGUCAAUUAUGGUAG